AAAUGGAAUCUCUAAAAUAGAAGUAGAUUACUGAAAGAAACAAAAAUGAAGUAACCGUGUAAUCAUAUAAUCAAAGCUUUAUUAAAUUAAAGCGUCAAUUCGCUGAAGCUGAGAAUGGCUACAGAGUCAUCAGAGGGAGAAGAAGAAGGGAAGAUUACAGGAGGGAAUCAACAUCUGGUUGUAGAUGAUGACCUCCGAGAAAUGGGCAAAAAAGCUGCUUGGAGUGUUAGCUCUUGCAAACCCGGAAAUGGUGUCUCGUCUCUUAGAGAUGACAAUCUUGAUUCCUUUUGGCAAUCGGAUGGCGCACAGCCUCAUUUGGUGAACAUUCAAUUUCAGAAGAAAGUCAAACUGCAAUUGGUUGUACUCUAUGUGGAUUUCAAGAUUGAUGAGAGCUAUACGCCCAGUAAGAUCACUAUCCGCGCUGGUGAUGGGUUCCAUAACUUGAAGGAGAUCAAGACCGUGGAGCUUGUCAAGCCAACUGGUUGGGUUUACCUGUCGUUAUCUGGGAACGAACCUAGGGAAACAUUCGUGAAUACAUUCAUGUUACAAAUUACAAUAUUAUCGAAUCAUCUUAAUGGAAGGGAUACUCAUGUUCGUCAGAUCAAAGUUUAUGGGCCUCGACCGAAUCCGAUUCCCCAUCAACCUUUUCAAUUUACUUCAAGAGAGUUUAUCACAUACUCGUCCGUGCGAUGAGUGAUAUGAUUGAGUGCAAAAGAAAGAAGCCGAACCAUGGCAGAAUCAUAUGAAGCAUGCAACUGAAAGUAGACAGACCAUUCAAGAAACACGAAUAGUCCAUUUUAUUUAAAAAGCUAUCCGAGUUAGGUUUUUAGAUUUCGGUUGGAAUGCUAUUACAUGGUUGGAAAUUGUAACGUAAAAUUGUGUAGUUCAAGACAAAUACUGAAAUCAUAAGCCAAUACUAUUUGUUGAAAUUGUAAGUAGGGGUGUGCUAUUUAAUUUCAUAUUGUUUCAUAGACCGUUUGUUAAUUCUAUGUAGCAUUUUGUUUGAGAAAAUGCCUGUAAGAAAUGUUGCAUCAAUUUCUGCUGUUUCAUUGUUAAACUCAA